AUGGGUUAUCUAAGAAAAGCUUCAAAAACCAUAAACCAAUCCAAUUGCAUUUCAUUGCUAUUCGAUUUGAAUUUCAAUUUCAAUUUGACACCAUUAACAAGUAGAAUAACCCAUCAACGAUAUUCCUUAACGCGUGCACUUUUCUGUACCCAAUCACGCCAAAAUAGCACCAAAGAGAAAGCUGUUAUAGAUUUGAGUCAGUACCCACCAGAGCUUGUGAGAAAUUUCUCAAUAAUUGCGCAUGUGGAUCAUGGAAAAUCUACUCUUGCUGACCGACUUUUGGAACUUACGGGGACUAUUAAGAAAGGACUUGGGCAGCCUCAGUAUCUUGAUAAAUUGCAGGUGGAGAGAGAAAGGGGAAUCACGGUGAAAGCUCAGACAGCAACAAUGUUCUAUAAGAACAUGAUAAAUGGUGUUGAUUGCAGUGAUGGAAAGGAAUCACCUAAUUAUUUGCUGAAUCUGAUCGACACUCCUGGACAUGUGGAUUUCAGUUAUGAAGUGUCUAGGUCACUAGCCGCUUGUCAAGGUGUUCUUUUGGUUGUUGAUGCAGCUCAAGGAGUUCAAGCACAAACCGUUGCUAACUUUUACCUUGCCUUUGAAUCUAACUUAUCAAUUAUACCUGUCAUAAACAAGAUAGAUCAGCCAACUGCUGAUCCCGACCGUGUUAAAUCGCAAUUGAAAUCGAUGUUUGAUCUUGACCCAAGUGACGCAUUGCUAACAUCGGCUAAAACUGGGGUGGGUCUUGAACAUGUUCUUCCAGCAGUCAUAGAGCGUAUCCCCCCGCCUCCUGGGAAGAGUGAUUCUUCUUUACGUAUGCUUUUACUUGAUUCGUAUUUUGAUGAAUACAGAGGCGUGAUAUGCCAUGUUGCUGUCGUUGAUGGUGCCCUGCGCAAGGGGGAUAAGAUUUCUUCGGCGGCCACUGGUAAAUCAUAUGAAGCUUUGGAUAUCGGCAUCAUGCAUCCUGAACUUACUCCUACCGGAAUCUUGUUCACCGGACAAGUCGGUUAUGUUAUAAGUGGCAUGCGGUCAACCAAAGAGGCACGUAUUGGAGAUACAAUUUACCAUACACGAAGCACUGUUGAUUUAGAACCUCUUCCAGGCUUCAAAGCAGCAAAGCAUAUGGUUUUUUCUGGUCUUUUUCCAGCGGACGGAUCUGAUUUUGAACUACUCAACCAUGCAAUAGAGAAGCUUACAUGCAAUGACGCCAGUGUCUCUGUUGCUAAAGAAACUAGCACUGCUCUAGGUCUAGGGUUCAGGUGUGGAUUUUUAGGCCUUCUGCAUAUGGACGUUUUUCAUCAAAGGCUUGAACAGGAAUAUGGAGCCCAUAUUAUCUCAACCGUUCCUACCGUGCCUUAUAUAUAUGAGUAUGCUGAUGGAAGCAAAUUAGAAGUUCAGAAUCCCGCUGCAUUACCGUCUAAUCCCAAGCAACGAGUGGUAGCGUGUUGGGAACCCACAGUAAUAGCUACUAUAGUUAUUCCUAGUGAGUAUGUUGGAGCUGUUAUCACCCUUGUCUCUGAGCGUAGGGGUGAACAGUUAGAGUACUCGUUCAUUGACAGUCAACGAGUUUUCAUGAAGUAUCGUCUUCCUUUGAGGGAAAUUGUUAUCGACUUUUAUAAUGAAUUGAAGAGUAUAACAUCAGGCUAUGCAUCAUUCGAUUACGAAGACUCAGAUUACCAGGCAUCUGAUCUUGUAAAACUUGAUAUUCUAUUGAAUGGACAACCAGUUGAUGCAAUGGCAACCAUUGUUCAUAACUCGAAAGCGUAUCGUGUUGGACGCGAAUUAGUGGAAAAAUUGAAGAAAGUCAUAGACAGGCAAAUGUUCGAGAUAUCCGUACAAGCCGCAAUUGGGUCAAAAAUUAUAGCAAGAGAGACCAUUACGGCAAUGAGAAAAAAUGUUCUUGCUAAAUGUUACGGUGGUGAUAUUACACGAAAGAGGAAGCUUUUGGAGAAGCAAAAAGAAGGGAAAAAGCGAAUGAAACGUGUCGGAUCCGUUGAUAUACCACAAGAAGCAUUCCAUGAACUAUUGAAGGUUUCAUAG